AUCAAGCCGUGGAGGAAGCUGAAGAACAUGGUCCACUGGUCCCCCUGCGUCGUGUCCUUCCGGAAACGCUACCCGUGGGUGCAGCUGGCCGGCCAUGCAGGCAACUUCAAGGCCGGGGAUUUUGGGCGCAUCCUGAAGAAGUCCUGCUCCAAUGAGCAGCAGUGCCUGGAGCGCCUGGCGUCCGACACAUUGCAGCCCUACGUGCCGGCGUAUUACGGCCUGGUGGAGCACGACGGGGAGACCUACAUCCAGAUGGAGGACCUCCUCUUCGGCUUUGACGCCCCCUCCAUCAUGGACUGCAAGAUGGGAGUCAGGACGUACCUAGAAGAGGAGCUGGAGAAGGCGCGGGAGCAGCCCUGUCUGCGCAGGGACAUGUACGACAAGAUGGUGGCUGUGGACCCCGCUGCCCCCUCCCCAGAGGAGCACGCCCAGCAAGCUGUGCUGAAGCCCCGAUACAUGCAGUGGAGGGAGACUCUCAGCUCCACCACCACCCUCGGGUUCCGGAUCGAAGGCAUCAAGAAAGCCAACGGGGCAUGCAGCACCAGCUUCAAGAAGACCCGGCAGCCCGAACAAGUGGUGCAGGCCAUCUGGGACUUCGUGGACCGCGACCGGCACAUUCUGACAAGCUACCUGGGACGGCUGAAGGACCUGAGGCUGGCUCUGGAGCAGUCGGACUUCUUAAAGGCACACGAGGUAGUGGGCAGCUCCCUGCUCUUUGUCCACGACCAGACGGGGCUGGCUCGCGUCUGGAUGAUCGACUUCGGCAAGACGGUGCCUCUGCCUGCCCAACAGACGCUGACCCACCGGCUGCCCUGGGUGGAAGGCAACCGCGAGGACGGCUACCUGUGGGGCUUGGACAAUCUCGUCGCGAUCCUGGAGAAGAUGCUGAGCGAGUGAGCUCGGGCCAGAGACCCGCCAUGCGGCCAGACUCUCCUCGGGCGGCCGCCGGAGACCAGGAUGGCAACGCCCGGCCCGGCUCCAGCGCCCACCCCCUCCUUUAAUUUAUUCAGCCAGAUAUGCUACUGCUGCCCGGAGGUGGAACUGGAAAGAGACGCCGGCGGUGCCGGAAGCCCACUGCCAGGUGGACAGGAACGUUGGGAAAGGGAACGUCUGGUUCGGCCCAGCCGGAGUUCUUGCACCUCUUUAAGUUAUUUAUUGUAGGAGAAAGGGAUAGGGUUUUUUGGGGGGAGGGGGCCUUUUGCUGUGGGUCUCUGCCUCUUCCCCGAACUGCUAUGCCGUGGGGAGAAAACAGCCCCGGGGACUUGGCGUGUGGGCGCCUUCAGGGAAUCGGGAGCCACCCCCGGGAGCAGCCGGAUCCCGUGAAACCGGCCGGGCCGCUCUUUAUCACCCAGGAUGAGUGUUUGAGCCACCGGCAGAGUGUCAGGGUUUCUGGGGGCAUCUCGGAAAGCGAAAAUAGGAGGUAGAGCUUAUCUCCUCCCGCCGCCACCCACCUGUGCCUAACUUCCUGGAACCAGGCUGUUUGGUUUGGCAGAGAGAGA